AUGCCGACCGCCGGCCUCAAGACCAUCAUCGCCCUCUCCUUCGUCCUCGCCGUUGGAUUCCUCCUCGUUAUUCUCUCCUGCGCUCUGUGGAAGGUGUAUUAUCCUCUCCUCGUCGUCGCCACCUAUGUCAUUGCGCCUAUUCCCAACUGGAUCUGCGGACACUGCGCCAACCCUGAUGACUUCGUGGAGAGCUCUGGCGCUGCGGUUCUAGACUUGGGACGCUUCUUUACAGGUUUCUUUGUUGUUAUGGGAAUUGCUCUCCCUGUCGUUCUCGCUCACUCCGGCCUCAUCGAGGUGCAAGCCAUGGUUAUGUCCAUAAUUGGCGGUCUAUUGAUCUACGGAACCAUUGUCAGCUUCGGCAUGUUUUUCCACGAGGAGCAAGAUUUCUAA